GUUCUCUUCUCAACAGGCUAACUUAACUUUAGUCACGCAGAUCGAGGAGCCUUAAGAGCCUGUCCUGAGGAUUUAGUUUGAGUCGAGACCCCGAGCAUAGAACAGGUCUUUUCGAGUCGGUUCUACUAUUUUUUUUUUAGUUCCGUGUUGUCCUAUUUCAAUUCAUUUUUUUUUCUUCUCUUUGACAAAUAUCGAUCGUGAUUUUGAACAAUAUCGUGUAUUUUACUCUUAUUGUGGAACUUAGUGCAAAUAAAUUGCAGUAUUUUUUCAUUGAUGGCUGUCAGUACUCUCAACAUGACACCAUAUCUCACAGGAUAUCCUUUUCAAGGUCAGGGACGAGUGAAUCAACUCGGAGGAGUUUUCAUUAAUGGACGACCACUGCCAAAUCACAUUCGUCUAAAAAUUGUCGAAAUGGCAGCGAAUAAUAUUCGACCAUGCGUUAUUUCGCGACAACUUCGAGUUUCUCAUGGUUGCGUGUCAAAAAUUUUGAAUCGCUAUCAAGAAACGGGAUCAAUCAAGCCAGGAGUUAUCGGUGGCAGUAAACCCCGUGUCGCUACACCGGAAGUUGAAGCUAAAAUUGAAGACAUGAAGAAACAAAAUCCAGGAAUGUUCAGCUGGGAGAUAAGGGAAAAAUUGAUAAAGGACGGUCUUUGUGAGAAAACAGGAGCUCCAUCAGCCUCCAGCAUUUCGAGGUUACUUCGUGGUCCAUCAGCUCAAAUGAAACACUGUGAUGACCCUCGCAGAAAUCAUUCAAUUCACGGAAUUCUCGGUGGAAGUAGUGGUGAUGAUUCGGACACUGAAAGUGAGCCUGGAAUUACUCUCAAGCGAAAACAACGAAGAAGUAGAACAACAUUUACAGGCGAACAACUUGAACAAUUGGAAGCUGCAUUUCAUCGAACCCAAUAUCCUGAUGUCUACACCAGAGAAGAAUUAGCACAAAAAACAAAAUUAACGGAAGCAAGAGUUCAAGUUUGGUUCAGCAAUAGACGAGCAAGAUUACGAAAGCAGAUCAACAGUCAGCAAAUCAAUGCCUUCAAUACAAUGAGCCUACAGAGCUUUCAGCCGCAACAUUACAGUAGUACUCCUGAUAGUUAUCAAACAUACAGUCAAACCUCAGCAGCAACAACUCCUGCUGGAUAUUCUCAGGCUUACAAUUAUAAUGACAAUUAUUAUACAUCUCAGCAACAAUGGCCAAGAUCUGAUAACUAUGGAUUGUUCAACGCCUCCCACUACGGUGGCGGUAACUUGGCCUCAAAUUUGGCCUCAAGCAACCUAAAUUUAGGCAGCCUGGGAGGCAGUGUCAGUCCGACGACAGCAGCUACCAACAUGAGCACGUGCAUGAUACAGGGUGCUUCCUCGGGUGUUCACACUUCCGGAAUGGGACAUCAUCAUCACGUUACACCACACAGUCCAAGUGAAGCCAAAAGUGGCUAUCCAUAUUUGGGCGGUAUUGACACUCAAGUCUGUGGUCGAGUUCAUUAACAAUUUUCCGCAUAUAAAAAUUCAAAAAAAAAAUUUUCGUCUUUGGAAAAUGAUGCACCUUUUGUAUAUAUACAUAUCUUUUUAGAAUUAGAUAGUACUGUGUAAAUAUUAAAUUAUUCGGUAAUUAUUAAUUGCAAAAUUUGAAAAAAUGUAAAGCGAUGGAUCUCAUUGGCUUAUAGAGGAUUUGAAAAGAGGAAACAUUUUUGAAAUUUUAAAAAAAGAUUAAAAUAUUUGCAAUUUUAUAGAUUUUUUUUUUUAAUAGACCCAGUGAAAAUAAUAUUAAUGACUAACUUGAGCAUAUUUUUCACUUUUGAAUUUGUGAUAUAUUAGAGGAAUAAAAUUUUAUUUCAGUGUUUUCUAAACUGAAAUUUUAUUGUAAGAAAUCGAAAAAAUAAUCGUAAGAAUAAAGAAUAAUUUUAAAAGAACAAAAUUUGUAACUUAAAUAAGCGGUUUUAAGUGCUUUAAAUAGUAUAAUACAUAAUAGUAACGAUUUUAAGCUUCCUGUUAUUAGAAUAAAAAUUCUUUUCCUUCAUCUUUUCGACUGCUAUAUACGAAUUUACGCAUAUAUUAUAGC